AUGGUCGGUUCCCCGUACGGCGGUGCAAUCGAUUGCACAAUCGAGCUCAACACCAGCAGUCUCAAGGGCAAGACUGCCAUUGUCACGGGCGGCGCCAAGGGCAUCGGCUCGGCAUAUAGUCUUGCUCUGCGCGCCGCGGGAGCCUACGUGGUCGUCGGCGAUGUUGAUACCACCAGUGGCAAAGCCUUCGCGGCUCAAGACCCCGAGCACCUUCUGUUCGUGGAAUGCAACCUCCUGAAAUUCGAGGACCAGGUCCGUCUCUUCAAGGAGGCCGCUCAGUUCUCUCCUCGUGGGAAGAUCGACCAUGUCGUGGCCAACGCGGGCGUCUACCGCGAGGUCGACCAAGUCUUUCUGUACGAAGAGGAUGGACCCGUCAAGCCCGAACUCAGCACCGUCGACGUCAAUCUCAACAGUGUCCUUUACACGUCCAAAAUCGCGAUGCAUUAUUUCAUCAAGCAGAACGGAACCACUCCGUCUCCCUCGCAAGAGGACACGUGUCUGGUCCUCGUCAGUUCGGGGGCGGGGAUUCACGACUGCCUCAGGAUGCCACAGUAUUGUGCCACGAAAUGGGCCGUCAGAGGCUUGAUGCAUGGUUUGAGGCGGACGGCACAUCUAUAUGGCAGCCGAGUCAACGUGAUCAGCCCGUGGGCAAUCAAGACCACGAUUCUGUCCGAGGAACUUUCCAACCUUCUACGCGCGAGAGGAAUUGAAUUUGCAACUCUGGAAGAUGCUGGGCAGUGCUUGCUGCGCCUCUUGAGCGACCCGACCGUGAAUGGUCGUUCGCUGUUUAUCGCGGCGAGGAAGUGGGCCCCCAAAACGGGAUACUUGGACCUCGACCUGGAGGAUACGGAGGAGAAUGAGCUGAGGAAAGAAAUACAGCAUGACCAGAUGAGGUUUGCUACUGUCGAAGAAGGCUUGUUCGUAUAG